CCUUUAAAGAAGACACACUUUUGAGCAUUAGUUUGUUGUCACACACCUCACCCCGACAACUAAAACGCAAGACGACUUCAUUCUCUUUUUGCCUCUGUUUCGUCUGAAAAAGUGCUUCACUCAUUUUGGACCAGAAUCAUGAAGGUCCUGCCAUUCUGCCUGCUCGUCUGCUUGCUCCUCCUGCAGGCCGCCGCCUCCGAGUUCGCAAACGCGACCGGCGGCCCGGGCCUGGAGAACGACAUGCCGGAUCGCUACGAGAAGUUCAGGAGGCAGCAUGUGGACAAAAAAAUGGUGCCGUCAAAAUGCACGCAGGAGAUGAAGCGGAAGAAGAUCUACGAGGACAACAACGUCUGCAAGUUGACCAACACGUUCAUUCUAGCGGACUCCAGGGAAGUCCUGGAUGUCUGCAGGGGUCAAGGCGUUUAUAACAAUGAAAGCCAUUACACGGAGAGCAAGAAGAAGUUCAGAAUUGUGGUUUGUACUGCCAAGAAACAAGGCAGGAAGCCCAAAUGUCUCUACAAGGGAAGAAGUCUGAAUAACAGAGUCAUUGCUGUGACUUGCCAGAAUGGUUAUCCUGUGCACUUUGCAGAAUAUUAUGGGGAGGAAAAUGCUUUCAAACAAGACGCUAAUAUUUUCUGAGCAACUUUUUAAAAUCAAAGGUACUUACUAUAUGUAUCCACCUUUUUAUGCAUUUUAAGAAACAACUAUGUCUUUCAUUUUUUGUGUUUAAAACCUUCCACCAAAUAUGUGUUUUCCUCAAAGUGCAAACAAAAUAAAGUCAUUAAAAUGAACCUACUGCUUAAUGAA